CUCUACCUGCCACAAACCAGCCAUGAAGUUGGCUUUGCACAGGAUAGCAGGCACCACGAUGAGCGCGUUAACAACAGGUGUCCAGUAUCUUGGCUCCAACGACGCCAGCUACGACGGCCCCUCAGUUGACUCAACUCUAGUCAAGAACAGAUUUCCCUUUGAGAAGCCUCACUCUGCUUCGGUUAGUAACUCUAGACUCAUCCUGGGAAAUAAAGAGGUCCUGUACAGCAGCCUCUCUCCCAUUUUCCCCACCAAUGUAUCAGACUUUCUGCUGAGCAAUGGCACAUCUGUGGAGAGUGGAGGGGCGACUCAGUGUAGGGACAACUUUGCGGACAACAUGGAGUGUUUUAUGAUCCUCACUCCAGGUCAGCAGCUCGCCAUCGCCAUCUUGGCACUCACCCUGGGUACAUUCACGGUGCUGGAGAACCUCAUGGUGCUGUGUGUGAUUCUACACUCCCAGACGCUCCGAUCGCGGCCUUCCUACCACUUCAUAGGCAGCCUGGCUGUGGCUGAUCUGAUAGGCAGCAUAAUUUUUGUGUACAGCUUCCUGGAUUUCCAUGUCCUCCACAGGAAGGACAGCCCCAAUGUUUUCCUCUUCAAGUUGGCCGGGGUCAUCGCCUCCUUCACCGCCUCUGUUGGCAGCCUGUUUCUCACUGCGAUCGACCGCUACAUUUCCAUCCACAGGCCCUUGGCGUACAAACGCAUCGUCACAAAGACUAAAGCAGUCAUUGCUUUCAGCGUGAUGUGGACCUUCUCUAUCGCCUUCUCGCUGCUGCCGCUGCUGGGGUGGAAUUGCAAGCGUCUCAACUCUGUCUGCUCAGACAUUUUCCCUCUAAUUGACGAGAAGUACCUGAUGUUCUGGAUUGGGAUGACAAGCAUCUUGGUCCUGUUCAUCAUCUACGCCUACAUGUUCAUUCUCUGGAAGUCCCACCACCAUGCUGUCCGCAUGUUGAGCCGCAGCUCCCAGAGGAGUGUGAUUGUCUACACUGCAGAGGGGACUAAAGUGCAGACAGUGAGGCCCGAGCAGGCCCGGAUGGACCUCCGUCUGGCUAAAACCCUGGUUCUGAUUCUGGUUGCCCUAAUUAUCUGCUGGGGCCCACUUCUGGCCAUUAUGGUUUAUGACCUCUUUGGGAAGGUGAACGACUUCAUCUUGACCGUGUUUGCCUUUUGCAGCAUGCUCUGCCUGCUCAACUCCACUGUGAACCCUGUGAUCUACGCCAUGCGGAGCAAGGACCUGCGCAGGGCCUUCCUCCACAUCUGCCAUAUGUGCCGGGGAGCGACGCAGCCUCUGGACAACAGCGCAGAGAGUGACUGGAACAGCCGGAGUGUGAGAGGAACAGCGGGCAGGGCGGUGAAAGAUGGAGCCGGCUGUGGAAAGACUCGAUUAAAAGUAGCCCAGGUUAUCAUUUCUGGAGUGACAGACACAUCUACUGCACAGCCGGUCUAAGAGACAAGCUGCUCUGGUACAACUGUGAAGUAAAGAUAUUGUAGAAUAGCCCCGACCCUCCUAGUGCACUAUUGCUGUGAAAUGUGCCAAAAAAUGAAUUAGAUACAGAACUGAAAAACAAGUUUUUGUUGCUUUAAAGCUGAAAACUGUAAUAUUUAUAAAUUAAUAUACCCAGCUGAAUGGUGGAGUGUGAUGAGACUCU